AUUGUUGCUUCUCAGAUCACACGAACCCCGGAAAACGGGGGCUUGGGAGACAGAGUCUUCAGGGAUGUUGGAGGAGGUCCUGGCGAAGUAUGCUGUGUGGCGACGACAUCGUUGAAAUUAAGAAACCGAUCUGUCGCUGUGGAAAUUGCUGUCUUCGAAGCCCUGACUCUAAGGCCUGGUCAUCCAUUCCCCCGUCCAUAAGGAUGACCGAUCCGCAAAAGGAUAAAACCGAAGAGGGCCCAGGCGCGGCAACUGCCAGUCGUCGCAACUCUGCCCGUACCAUUCAGUCAAUGGAGAGUGUCUACACUGUUUCGGAGGUCCAACAGCCGGAUCCCUUCCAGCCGAGGAACUACGAUGAGAACGAUGCGAAUGCUUUCGAGGCCCAGCGGUCCGUUAGUCCAGGUGAAGAACCGAUGGACAAUGAGGUUUCGCUGGCACCACCACCACCACAAGCACCGGCCCAACCGGCUCAGGCUCAGACACCAACCCAGCCCACCAUCCUGCUGAUAGUCGUCAACAAGCCAGAGCCGUAUCCGGGAAGAGGUUAUCCAGCACCUGGUGGAUACAUGGGCUAUCCUGGGCAGGGUGGAUAUCCUAAUUAUUAUUACUCACCGCCUAGAAACGGAGCGAGGAGAAAUCCUCCAGGAGUGGGCUACCCCCAAGAUCCAAAUUGCUAUCGUGAUGGCUAUCGAAAUGGUCGGAAUGGGUUCCAAGACGAUCGAAGGGCAUUUCCUAGAGAUGGUGUAGGCGGACAGCCUCCGAAUCGAAGACGCGAUUGUCGAUGUGACAAAAAGAAUAAGAAUCCUGUCGAUAUCGGUGGUCCAGAUGGAAUGAGCGGAGGAGGCGAAACCUGUAACUGCGUAAGUCCAGAGGAUUAUACAAUGCAAAGUAAUCAGCCUGGUCUCAGAGAAUGUGACUGCACUGAUUCGGAAGAUGGCCAGUUCGGGGGCACACCAACCAACACGAUGCACGACGCAAUGAGUAACCUGGAGGGAUAUGAGGACGAGAUGCGAUGGCAGGCCAAUAUGCAUCAACAGAAUGUGGUUGUGGCUGAUAACAAUAAGACGUCAUAUCGGUGUAUUACGGUACCCAUUUGCAUUACAACGGGAAAGAAGGAAUGCUGUCAGUGCUGCAAGUGCGCCGUCGCUCAAAAUGCUAUGGAUGAGGAACAAUACGAGGAGCAGGACUGCACCUGCAAUCCCCAGGGCAAGUGCAACUGUGUGGCGAACGGUGGACUUGAGGAUGAGUUCGGCUGCGAGUGCGAUCUUACCAAUUUGGAGCGCCUACUGCGCGAACUUCUCCCCAAUUCCUAUUGCAAGUGCUUCCUGAGAAAGAAACGACGCAAGCGCAUUCGAAAGAAAUGGGCACCCAAGAAAUUUUAUGAUCGGUUUGCCAGUCCCCCGUUUGUCAUAAAUCCCAUACCCAGAUGCCGUCCUUGUUGCUAUCCGUCAUGCUCUGGGGGUAAUUGCUUCCCAUGUUUCAACGCAUGCGGAUGGUAAUCGCAAUGGAUUCGGAAUUGAUAUUAGGGAUAUUAUUAGAGUCUGGAGAUGCUAAUAUGGUUCUAAGAUCACUUUCUUUCAACCGACAACCAAAACUUAAAAAAGUACUAACAGCAGAUCAUGUAGAAAUAUGGAUUUGAUUGAUGACUGAAGCCCUUCGAGAAUCCAGAAAGGACUUUAGCGUCUUACCCACCAGAGAUCCAGCACAAGCCCUUCGAUUAUCCCCAACAGUUCUACUUCAAAAUCCACUCUGAUAAUCCCUGAUAGACUUUACAAUUCCUGUUGGACCCAAUAAAAAAUGAAAUAAACCUGAGCCCCCAAUAA